AUGUUGAAGCGGGCAAAUCCAGGUACAGUUACCCACAUUGAACUUGAUUCAGAAUAUAAGUUCAAGUACUUUUUUAUGGCUUUAGGUGUGGCCAUAAGAGGGUUCACUUACAUGAGGAAAGUAAUUGGUAUUGAUGCGACUUGGAUCAAAACUAAGCAUAAGGAGAAGUUGAAGGAGUUGAUACCUGAUAGCUCAGACUUAUGUUUUAUUUCUGAUAGACAUCAAAGUAUCAAACAUGCAGUACGUCAUGUUUAUGUUAUGGCUUCUCAUGGGGCAUGUUAUUGGCAUGUAAAACAGAAUAUAAAACACCGUUUCAAAAGUGCUGCAGGGACUAAAUUGUAUAAGAAAGCUGCAAUAACGUACCGUAUCGAAGAGUUUAAUAAACACUUCGACCAACUUCGCAAAAUAUAUCCACAUGUCGCUAAGUAUCUUGAGAAUGAUGUCAAGUUUAGAAAGUGGUCUAGAGCACAUUUUGGUGGUAAUCGAUAUGAAGUCAUGACCACUAACAUAGUUGAGUUAGUGAACAAUUUGAUGCGAAAGGCAAGAGAGUACUCUAUUAUUGCUAUGACCGAUUUUAUCAUAAGCACGAUGGGACAAUGGUUCCUUGAACGUCGACGGGAAGCAUAUGCAGUGACAACUCCAUUGACACCGAGGAGGGAAGAAAUAUUACAUAAAAGAUGGGAUGAAGUCGGUUCAUUGAUAACUCUCCAGUUAAACGAGAAUGACUACAAUGUGAUGUUUGGAGAACUCGAUGCAAUAGUAAAUUUAAGGUCAAAGAGUUGCACGUGCAAAGUUUUCGAUAUUGAGAACCUUCCAUGUAUCCAUGCAAUAGCAGCAGCAGGAAAGGUGAUGGACCCAAAACGGGCGUUGGCCUUGGGUGUAGUGUGCUGGUACAUCAAGUGGGCUGGAGGAUGGCAGGCGUGGGCUUGGGCAUGGCAGCUUGCUGAAGGAAUUUCAUGGGCCUGGUGGAAUUGGGCCAAGAUGGAUUUGUAG